AUGAUGGUAUUUGUACGCCUUCUCCCCCUCCUGGGCGGUGUGACCGCGCUCCCGGCCACUUCUUUGCUCCAGGUGACUGUCCAGCUCCAAAGAGGUAGUGUGGGAGAGCUUGCGCCAUCGACCGUGGAAGCGAUGGCCGCUGCCGCCGCGAACUCCAGUGAAAGGCCGCGGCCUGCCUUAGUCGAGGUCCCCCAGACCAAGCAGGCAUGUGAGGGCUGCUCCCAGGUCUCAGACGACGAGCUGGACAUGCUGGAUGCGGUGGAGGAGCGGGAGCAGGACGAGAUGGCCGCCUUGGCCUCCCAGGCAAAGCUCUCCUUGCUGCAGACGGGUCUCGAGCACCAGCACGGGCCGAUGAAGGCUCAGGAGGUGGCUCAUCUUCACGCCAGUGGAAUCGAGGACGCUGAUGAGGCCUUGGCUCUGCUCGAUGCUGCCCAUGACCUGGGCAUGUGA